AUGGUCAAAGUUCUCCCAAACAACUUUACCCUCUUUGACUCCCAGCGGAUCCUCUCCCCCGCGGGGGAGCCCCUGGCAAUCACAUGCUCCAACGAACUCCUCUUCAUCGCCGUCGAAGAGUGCAUGGUCGAGGCGUACGACCUUUGCACCCUCGAUCAGCUGGCACAGUUUCGUACCGUUAGCCCCGUGACCCAAAUCGCAUACAACGCAAUCGGUGACUGCGUUGUUACUCUUGAAAAGAAACACCCACUCUCCCACGGGUUCGUCCGCGUCUACUUUAAAUGGAGGGGACUCUCGGCCGAUAAACCGAUGCGGAUACGUAUGGCUUCCGCAGUUCAAAGGUCGUUGUCGGGGGGACGCGGGAGGGUUGCCGCGGAAAUUGUCGAGCUACCGUCUGAUACCGGUGGGUCCGUAUCGUGCCUCUCGUGUUGCGAAUUCACCGGACGAAUCGCGGUGGCCAUGGGGUCUCUUCUUCGCGUUUUCUUCCUCGAGAAAGAAGAAGAGGAGUUUGCGAAUGAUCCGUCCUCUUUCUCUCUCCGUCCCAGCGUCCCCCAAGCCUCCUCCCCGCUCUCCCCCUUUCACUCCCUUCCCCUCCCCUCCUCCUCUCCUUCCACUCCAAACAUCGAGAUAUUGCUAGACAUACAGACCAACACGGCCCAGCUGGAGAUGGUUUCAAUCGUUGGGGAUUACGUCGCAUUCAUCUCCAGUAACGAGGUGAGGGUGGUGAAACUGUCCCUGUUCCAUUCUGGACCCGACCCCAUUCCAGACUACGAGGGUUUGGGAAACAGGGAGCUUCAAUUGGACGGGGGUGUGGCAUAUGAGGGGGGCGAAAAUUCAGACCCCCAUUCGUCAAAGGGGGCAAUUGUGAGCGACCGAAAUUUCAUUCUCUGGUCCCCUUCUGCAGUGUGGGAGGCUGAAAGGAAAGCUAGCAACAGCUUAGGAGAUCAUCUGACCUCGCACAAGAGCUCCGCCCAUUGCCACACCUCUGAUGACAUCGCCGUAGAUCACCUGACAUCAGGUGAUCGUCACGUGACGCCUCCUUCCAGCAACGCCCCAUUGGUUGGAACGGUUCACCUAAAAUCCAUAACACAAGCGACGUCGGAGAAAAUAAGCGAUCGAACGACAAUGGAGGUGUUGGGUCCCGUGGAGUACGUUUGGGGGCACCCCCUGACCGUUAAAGUUAAUCACGCUAGUAACGACAGUCGCCAUGGGAUACCAGAGUGUCGAGUAUUGACGAUGCUGUAUCGGAGGUUUUCGGCUGAAAGAAGCAGCAGUAGCUAUCUCGGGAGUGGCUUGUCGUUGUCGGGCAGAGCGACAGUGUCGCUGGGGGGAGUGUCUCGAGGUCAGCGGACGACUCAGCCGGUGAGGGUGCAGGGGGGGAGGCGGCUGGGGGGAGAGGGAGGUUGGGACGGCCUCCACAGCGUCAAGCUCAUUCCUACCUUUGCUCCAACCUCUGAUCAAGGACCGCGGUCGCUGGUGGGCGUGAGCUGUUUCCUUGCCAACCGUUUCCAUAGCUACCUGUACGACGUCCACCGUCGCUGCCGUCUCUUGUCUUCGUUUUCGUUCAUGGCCCAGAGUCGCCUGGCCUACUGCGACGAGCGACUUCUCCAUGCCCUCUCGGACAGAUCUGUCGAGACGUACACCAGUAGAGCGUUUCAGGCCGCGAUUGGCAAUCUUCCCAGGAGCAGUGCCGUUAUUCCUCCCCUUGCCGAAGAGACGGACGGAUGGGCGGAGUUUAUGGGCGUGGCAGAGUCUGGGGGAGGGUGUGGUUCAGUGGAAGGAGAGGGGGAAGAGGGAGAGGAGGGGGCAGGAGGAGAGGGAGGGGGAGAACCCACUUUGACUGAAGCAACGGAAGUCUAUAAUCAUAUCAACUGCAUUCCUGGCAGUCCCACUGGCUCGGCUGUUGGCAGUGAAGGUGUUAAAGUCGUAGCUGACCUCAAGACUUGGUUGAGGCAGCCCAUUCCACCUCCCAGUCUGGAUCUCACUCUGGUCUCCACCUCCAAAUUCAUCGGCUGCUGUUACCUGGCAACCAGUCGGGAUUACGUCAUCGUUGUAACCAAGGGGGAGGUGGAGACACCGUCGCCGUCCUCCGGUGCCUCGUGGCUUCUGCAGUCGCUGACACUGCGAAAGGCGAAGACUGAGCAGCUGUGGAACAUUUACAUCCUGAAACUGAAGAGUCCAAUUUCUCUAUAUCAGCAGUUUAUGGAGUUUGCCGAGACGAUGAAGGAAUCUUCGCCUCCGAUGAGACAAACCCCUCCUGCGUGA